GUCAGGCUGAAGAUAGGUAAUGUAUCUUUGACCGAAAGUAUCAUUAAAGCAGUCAUAGGUUUGAUGUGAGCGGUGUCGUACACCGAUAUUAUCUUAUACGCCUGUUUUUAGCAACGUGGAAUACACCUGAUCGCAUCAGCGAACAAAACGGACAAAAAGGAAACAUGGAAACCUAUGAGCAAUUCUAUCUGCGUACACUGACUAAACUGGAGUCUGAAAGGAAGUAUGAAAAGAACAUCCCUAGACAAUGUACACCACCCGCUUUCAUUUAUUUCCAUGGGAGGACAGUUCUGUCACCUCUGCUGAGUGAGAAGGAGCUUGAGGAGAUGGCUCAGUACAGGCAAAGAGCUGCAAGGAUGGAGGCCAAAAGACAGACAUGCUGUAAGAAUAACCUGAUAAAUCAGGUUCAAAAGAUCUUGGACAACAGAGCGAAUGCCUUUACAGUGACUGACCCUGUAGGGCAUAUAAACAUAGGAGAAGAAAUACUGACUAAUAACCAGUCUGUGAGCUCACUAGCAGAACAUCCAGAUGCCCUAAGCAGAAAACAUGGAGAAAAGAUAGAGAGGGAUGAUGAGAUUGGGAAUAAAGGAAUUCCAAAUCUCUGCCUGCUGCAGAGGUCACGAGAGUACAUUGACAAGGAGUCAUGUCAGCGAGGGUUAAAAGUUCACAGCAGGUCACCUGUAUCCUCAGAGAAUAAAGAGAAUGACAAGGCCAGUCCUAUGGGUGAGACUAAUAGUGAACCAUCAUGCUCUGUCCAGUACCAUAGCUCCUUCAGUUCAGGUCAAGCUAAGACUUUUAAGAAGCCAAAACCCAUAAAUGAGGCUACGCUUGGCCUCGACUCUUUAUCUGGCUGUUCUUCCCACAGUUUGCUGAACACAGACUCUGCCCUAAGCCCUAGACCUCAUCGUGGCCGCCCACUCUCUGCCGGCAACAUUCUUCUCUCAUAUCCUCUUAGCCCCAGUGAAGCAGGGAUCGUAGCUAGGGGGAGUUCUCAAGGCUGUGGGCCUCUGUCAGGCUUUGAGAAGAGGCUGCUAGAAGGCGAAGGACUUAGUGGAAGUCGACGAGCCAGUCAUUCUGGUUCCAGCCCUCUAAAUGAAUUAGGUGGCAUUAACAGUACACCAGACCCAGGACAGGACCUCAUAGAAGCCGGGUUCCGGAGGAGGUGUCACACCCUGGACAGUAACUUGGGUCCAUCUCAUCAGAGCCCUCCUAUAAACCGAAGCCAAGAGAGAGUUCCCCGCUUUAUGGCAGGUGUGCUGCAGAGGACGCCCACUCGCCGCUCCCCACCUGCCCAGCUCAGCCCACCAUUUAUGCUAGAGAUCCCCACUUCACCCCACCUGAGGGCCAGCCUAAGCCAAGACCUUCAAACCUCUUCAUGCAAUAACAAACAACAGCUAAUCACAGAGGGAAACAGUGUUAUUGGUACAUUGAUGGACAUGAAACAGACAGAGGAGGUACAGUGGCAAGUACAGGCUCUAGAGGAGAUUCAUAGAACUAUGAAGGAAGAACAUGCUCUACAGAUAUCUCUACUUAUGGCUGAGCAGGAGAGAGAGCAACAGCACCUCAGACAGGAGCUGGAAGAGAAGGGAAGGCAGAUAAGGGAUCAAGAUGGUGUGUGUGCUGUUGUGGGUGAUGGGGGAGGUCUCCAGUCUCCUGUUACUUUAGGUGUUAUUGCACCUGCCAUUCCAUCUGCAGCUUUCUUAUGGGGACCAAACUGGGCACUGAGUAAACCCAGGAAUAGACUAAGCCAGGUGUUAAAUGCAGAGCAACAGAAGGCACUGUGUCGUCUUAGUGCCAUUGCUCGAGGAUUCCUUACUCGCCGAUUACUGAACACUGAAAAAGUCAAAUAUCUGCGUCAAACAGUAAAGGACACCCAAGAGUUUAUCUCUACUUUUCAUACAGAAGCACCACAGAAAAAAAGUAACCUCUCAAACCAGGACGUCUCACUGCAGGAGAGAGUCCGAGCCCAGCUACGUGCAGCAUUGUUUGACAUUCAUGAUAUAUUUUUUGCAAUUACGAUGGAUGAACGAUUGGCACUGCUGGCACAGGACAGAGAGCUUCGUGCAGAAAGAAAACUCAGAGAAAUGGAAAAAGCCAAGGGUCCUAAAGAGAAGAUGAUUUUGUCUGCCGUCACCCAAAAAGUUCUGGACAGGAAAAAGCAGAGAGUGGGCGAAUCUCCAGUUCAGACCAGAAGGGCGCAGCAGAAGCCUAAGAGCCCCCUUACAAGCAGGAGUUUGCAUAGGAAGACUCCAGAGGAGCGAGUGAAGCGCUCAGACAGUCUGAAGAAACAGCACUCACUGGGUGAACGUGGUCCUGUCUGGCCUAGGAUACUUGAUGAGCUGUAGCACUACAACGCAUAGUUCUACUGUUUCAAAGAUAUAAUGACAGACCCAGCCAUACCAACAAAGCAUUUUGCUUUGAAUGUAGAACAGACCUUAAUGUCAUGCAUUGUGGUUUGAGGAGAGAAUGAGAAAGUGCAGAGGGGGAGAAUAACUUUGUGAACUUUUAAGAUGAAGAGUUUAAGAUGAAUUCUACUAUAGGUAGGAGGAGUUUCAAUUUUUUUUUUCUUUUUUUUUUUCUGAACUUCAGUUAUAGGAUCCAUAAGGUUCUGUUUGGGGGCUUAACCUACAACCCAGCCUCCUUAGAGAACAGUAACUUUUUUUUUUUAGUUUACAUGUUUAUGGAGUAAUAAAGCCACUCUAAAGAGAAAAAUAACAAAAUAAAGAAUAAAUAAAAAAGAAAUAAAGAGCUAGCUAGAGUUAGAAAACCAUGCGCAGAGGUGAAUAAGGCUAUUAAAUAAAUAAAGGAAUUAUAUAGCUUCUGAACCCUGUAAUAGUGUUACAGGGAAUGUUAAAGAUGUUUAAAUUGUAA